GACGCUUAUAUAUAGGGGCUCGCGCAUGACAUAGAUAUCCAAGAGAACCAAACAAUCACCUACUCACUAAUACCUUUUCAGUCUAAACAAUGGCAACAACCGCAGUUCGUGUGUUUGGCAAGCCAAUCGCUCAAGGAACUCGUACCCAAAGGGCCCAAGCCGCCAAGAGCUACCAAAACGCAGAUGGCAAGCUCGACCAGGUGUUGCAAGUUUCAACCCAGUCUCAGAAAGCCGCUGCAGGAGGGGCCAAUGUCGCCACUGUUAGCACCACAUUUGGCAGAGUUUACAACGCCACAGGUGACCCUAUAACCUAUGUGACUGCACACGAUUGGCAAGGACAUGUAGUUGGGGAGUACCCGGUAAACAUCCAGAACGGACAGUGGGCAAUCUUUGAGCAUGUUGGCACCCGUGGCCCACAAUGUCAAGGAUCAGUUGCCGCUGUUGUGUAUAAUAUUCAGGACUGUUGUGAUUCGAUGGUUGCUUGGAACAACCCUUGGAAAACUGCCAGUGGAGGAAACAACACUGCUUACUGCGAGAUGAAUGAUCCCGGAUAUUUUGAUGAUUGUAGCUGGUGUGCAAUCCGUAAAAAGUUGAAGGCUUCUGGCACUGAAAGUCGAACAAGUAUGGAAGGUUAUGCUACAAAAGUGAGUAAAGAUACAGGAAGCAAUACUCCAACUUACAGUGCCAUUUUCUAUCUUGACGUAGAUCCAUAACGUGAUCCACAUAAUUAUAAUAAGGCUGCUACGCACUACUUAUCACAAUUUGAUCGAAACGUGCAGCUAGCCGCUAUGUUUAGCAUAAUAGUAAAAUAAUGUAAGUGUGCUUGUAAUAUAAUAAGCCAAACUUAGUAGGUGAUCAUACAGUUUCACAUGAAUAAGACGUCUGUACUUGACCAAGACUAGUGUGACCAUACAUACCGUUGUAUGUACAUCUGUUAAAAUGAAAAUGUUUUCAUUUAAUGAUUUAGGUUGUUUAAUUUCA